AUGGUACUUGAUGCGGUGGUUGUCUUCUGGGCCAUCCUCUUCGAGGUCCGCUUUAACCGCAGCAGUGCAAGGUUGGCGCAGGUGUGGGGCAUGAGCGCCUGGAAUCUCGUACGUCUCAUGUCAAGCAGAGACAGCAACCUGAAGACGCUCGACGAGAAGCUGGUCGGCAGGUCCAGGGAGCGCUUCGGCAACGUCGUGGCGGCCUUAUGUACGUUGUCGUACUGCACCAUGCUCAUCAUCGGCGUCGCUGCAAUGAAGAUGAAUACGAGUGUGUUGGGCCAGGGUGCUAUGGACUGGGCAAUCUCCCUCGUGGUAAGGGUAGGAAGGUGGCUCUGGGGUAAAUUUGCACCAAUUCUCACUCGGUGGGAGAACCACAAGACGCAGCAGCGCUUCGACGAUGAGCUCUUUCCCAGGCUUGCGACCUUCAACGCUUUCUGCGUUCUCUGGCCUAGGUUGAGCAUAUUCUUGUUCGACAAGAUCACGAUGGCCUACUGCGGAGACAGCUUCUGGCAGCGGUGGAGGCAGCGUACGGGCCCCUGUCUGAGCAGGGUCGCGCCGACGGGUACGUCCAGUGGCCUCAGGGACCGCACGCUGGAGAGGCGGGCAUGCUCAACGAGUCCACCUUCGAGGAGAAGCUGA